AGUAGCGCAAGCGCAGUUGGCUUGUUGUGUCUGGUCACUCUCCUUUGCGGCCUUGCCUUGUCGCUCAUGGCUCUCAAAUCCUCGCAAUAAAAAAAAAUCUUGAGGGUUGGAAGCAGCGAAAAUUCUAAGAAAGUUCCAAUUUCUCGGCGGACCAUCUAUUCUACUCAAAGAUUCCAAGGAUUCCAUUUCGAGAGUUGGACGCUUAAUUAAUGGCUGGCGGUUGAGUGCUUCUUAUCGGGGUUGCGGCGAUGGGUAACUGCUUCCAUUUUCUUUCAACGUUGAGAGGCACUCAUAGCUCUCACAAUACUCGGGGUCAAUCAAAAGACACCAAGCCAAUUUCAUCAACGAGCCCUUCUAUCUUAAUCGGUUCAACUCCUUCAAACCUCACUGCAUCUUCAUAUGAGGAAAUACAUUCUUUUGAUAGUCUUCCAACUCCACGAACCGAAGGGGAGAUUUUAGCAUCUUCAAAUUUGAAGAAUUUCACAUUCACUGAAUUAAGAAAUGCCACUAGAAAUUUUCGUCUUGAUAGUCUCCUUGGGGAAGGAGGAUUUGGUUAUGUUUACAAAGGUUGGAUUGAUGAACAAUGUUUGACAGCAUCCAAGCCUGGAGUUGGUAUGAUUGUUGCUGUUAAAAAGCUCAAACCAGAAGGCUUCCAGGGCCACAAAGAAUGGCUAACUGAGGUUGAUUAUCUUGGACGGCUUCGCCACCCAAAUCUAGUUAAGCUCAUUGGAUACUGUUCAGAAGGUGAUGACAGGUUGUUGGUUUAUGAAUUCAUGCCUAAAGGAAGCCUGGAAAAUCAUCUUUUUAGAAGGAGCGCAGAGCCAUUAUCAUGGGCUAUAAGAAUCAAAGUUGCGCUGGGAGCUGCCAGAGGACUCUCUUUUUUACAUAACGCUGAAUCACAAGUUAUAUAUCGAGAUGUGAAGGCUUCAAACAUUCUCCUUGAUUCAGAAUAUAAUCCGAAGCUUUCUGAUUUUGGCUUGGCAAAAGCUGGCCCGACGGGGGAUAGGACUCAUGUCUCCACACAAGUUAUGGGCACACAAGGAUAUGCAGCUCCUGAAUAUAUUGCAACAGGUAGGCUAACUGUAAGGGCUGAUGUCUAUAGCUUUGGGGUGGUUCUGCUAGAACUGCUUUCUGGACGCCGGGCUGUGGAUAAGAACAAAGUAAGCACCGAGCAAAUUCUUGUGGAUUGGGCAAAGCCAUUUCUUGGCGAUAAGCGCAAGCUUUUCAGAAUCAUGGAUACAAGAUUGGAAGGCCAAUAUUCAAAGAAAGGUGCAUUCACCAUUGCGAACCUUGCCUUGCAGUGCAUCAGUACUGAUUCAAAGCAGCGGCCCCAGAUGCGAGAAGUUCUUGCCGUGUUAGAGACUCUUCAAGAUGCAAAAGAUGGAACAAAAUCUCUGCUGCAAAUAGAGCCAAGGGAUAUUCCUGUUAAGUUGAAAAUGAGGCCUCAUGCUUCUCCUCAACGAAGAAGAACAACCAAUUCAACAUCAUUGCCAUCCCAAAUAUGAUCGAUCAUAUGUAAAUUAUGAUUUUAAAUGAAUCCAUUUCCAGCUAGCUGUUAGCAGCUUGUUUUCACUUAUGGAAAAUGCAGUUGUAAUUUGCUGCAUUAUUUUUCUGAAGUGCUUAUUUAAUCAGAGAGUUGUUGGUUUUAAGUAUGAUUUGGUGUCUUGUGUAAAGCAUUAUAAAUUUUAGGUGUAUCUGCUAUGAAAUGCAGAGCUGUUAAAAUGAGGCAUUUCAAGUGCUGAUGGUAUGUUCCAUGAAACUGGAUGAUUACGUGUGGAGAAGAGUAAUAUUUUUUAGCUGGAGUGGGUGAAUUGUUGCUCAAGAAAAUGUUUUAUGAGAUAAA